UUCAUUUUGUAAACAAAACAAUUUGUAACACAUUUAACUACAGGAUUAACUGGGAUUAACACUGAAUCAACUGUAAAAUGUUUUUGUAUAUUUCCAAUAUAUUCAUUCAGUUUAUUUAUAGCUAUGCAAUUUAAAGUUGAAAUUAAGGAACAGUAUGUUGAAGUUGAAAAUAACCAAAAAAAUAUAGAGAGCCAGCUGUCCAGAUCCAUGGAUAUGGAAAACUACAAAAAUGAACUAGUAGAUAACUCAGAAAUGGGACCAAAAGCUGAAAUUAAGGAAGAGUUUGCAGACAGUUGUCAAGGGUACAUGGAGAAUCAGCUAUUUACAUCCCCAAAUCUUAAAGACUUCAUUAAUAAAAUAGAUGAAGAUAACUCAGAGAUGGGACUAAAUGCUGAAAUUAAGGAAGAGUUUGCAGAGGAUUGUCCAGGAUAUAUGGAGAGUCAGCUAUUUACAUCCCCUGAUCUUAAAGACUUCAUUAAUAAAGUUGAAGAUAAAGGUAUUUCUCAGAACGUCAUGGAAAUCAUGAAACCUGAACUUGCAUGCACCACAGAACAACAAAGUAUAAACACUGAAGAGACAACAUCAACAAAUUUUAUUUAUAAAUGUAAAAUUUGUUUUAAGCAGUUUAACCAGGCAGGUUCUUUGAAACGACAUUUAAAAACGCACACUGCAGAAAAGCUUUACAAGUGUGAAAUUUGUUUUAAGCAGUUUACUAAAGCACAUGGUUUGAAACGUCAUUUGGUAGUGCACACUGAAGAAAAAAAGCCUUAUGAGUGUGAAAUCUGUAUGAAGAAGUUUUCUCAGAAAGUUCAUUUGAAAAUACAUUUGAGAUUGCACACUGGGGAAACGCCUUAUAAGUGUGAAAUCUGUUUUAAGGAGUUUAAUUAUAAAAGUUCUUUAGAUGGACAUACGAAAGUUCACACUGGAGAAAACCCUUACGGGUGCGAAAUUUGUUUUAAACAGUUUGUUCGAUUACACGAUUUGAAAAGUCAUUUGAGAGUGCACACUGGAGAAAAGCGUCACAAGUGUGAAAUUUGUUUAAAGCAGUUUACCCAUAAAAGUAAUUUCGAUCAACAUACGAAAGUUCAUACUGGGGAAAAGCCUUACAAGUGUGAUAUUUGUUUUAAGCCGUUUGGUAGAGCACCCGAUUUGAAAAUACAUUUGAGAUUGCACACUGGGGAAACACCUUAUAAAUGUGAAAUUUGUUUUAAGGAGUUUACUUAUAAAAGUUCUUUGAAUAUACAUACGAAAGUUCACACUGGAGAAAACCUUUACAAAUGCGAAAUUUGUUUUAAGCCGUUUACUCGAGCACUUAGUUUGAAAGGUCAUUUGAGAAUGCACACUGGAGAAAAGCCUCACAAGUGUGAAAUUUGUUUAAAGCAGUUUAGCCAAAAAAGUAAUCUGAAAAAGCAUUUGAGAUUGCACACUGGAGAAACGCCCUAUAAGUGUGAUGUUUGUUUUAAGCAGUUUACUAGUAAGAGUAAUUUUAAUGAUCAUACGAAAAUUCACACUGCAGAAAAACCUUACAAGUGCGAAAUUUGUUUUAAGCAAUUUAGCCAAACAAGUAAUCUGAAAAAGCAUUUGAUGGUUCACACUAAAGAAAAGCCUUACAAGUGUGAGAUUUGUUUUAAACAGUUUAGUCGAAUAAGGCAUUUGAAAACACAUACGAAAGUUCACACUGAAGAAAAGACUUACCAGUGCGAAAUUUGUUCUACGCAGGUUACUCGAGCUCUCGAUUUUAAACGUCAUUUGAGAGUGCACACUGGAGAAUAGCCUCACAAGUGUGAAAUUUGUAAUAAGCAGUUUACUCGAGCAGACGUUUUGAAAAGUCAUUUGAGAGUGCACACUGGGGAAAAGCCUUAAUAAUGUAGCGUUUUUACAUGUCUGCUCAGAUGGGGACAGGGAUAGUACUAACUACAAGAUUACUGGGGGGUCUAAAUGGGCUAAAGUAGAAGCUUCUUUGCAUGACGGCAGCUCAGGUUUUGUUGGUGGCGGGUCGUGGAAUCGUUAGGGGGGUUAGAGGGUUUAAAGAAGACUAACUACCAUAACCAAAUAAGCAAAGGAUACUUACACAGACUAGAGGACUUUUCUACUAUUUAAAAAUGGACGCCGUUUGAAAUAAAUCCUCUGGUUCAUUACUGGGUACUUACUGGACAUAUUCUGUACUUACGGAUACCGAUUGGGGGGACAUUCAUCUAUGAUUCCUCGUUUGGGUCAAACUGGGCUACUCUUUACCAUUCUAUGGCUUCUAUGCCAUUUAUUUUUUUACUCUAAAACUUAUUUCACUUGUAUUAAUAUCUGGUUAAUAAUUUUCCAAAAAAAGGUUACAGAAAUAAAAAAUAGGUACAUUCUACUAUGUUUAUUCAAA